AUGUCAUGGCACCCCCAGUACCGCAGCUCCAAGUUCCGGCAUGUCUACGGCAAGCCCGCCAGCAAAGAGAACUGCUAUGACUCGGUGCCCAUCACACGCAGCGUCCAUGACAACCACUUCUGUGCCGUGAACCCCCAUUUCAUCGCUGUGGUCACUGAAUGCGCCGGCGGGGGGGCCUUCCUCGUCAUCCCACUGCACCAGACGGGAAAGUUGGACCCUCACUACCCCAAGGUCUGCGGACACAGAGGGAACGUCUUGGACAUCAAGUGGAAUCCUUUUAAUGACUUUGAGAUCGCCUCCUGUUCCGAAGAUGCCACGAUCAAGAUCUGGAACAUCCCCAAGCAGCUGUUGACCAGGAACCUCACAACCUACAGGAAAGAACUAGUGGGUCAUUCGCGCAGAGUCGGGCUAGUGGAGUGGCACCCCACUGCCGCCAACAUCCUCUUCAGCGCUGGCUAUGACUACAAGGUGAUGGUGUGGAACCUGGACACAAAGGAGUCUGUAAUUGCAAACCCUGUGAGGACAAUCACCUGUCACCAAGAUGUGAUCCUCUCCAUGUCCUUCAACACCAAUGGCAGCCUGCUGGCCACCACCUGUAAGGACCGCAAGAUUCGGGUUGUCGAACCCCGACGAGGGAUUGUCCUCCAGGAAGCCAGCUACAAGGGGCACCGGGCCAACAAGGUGCUGUUCCUGGGGAGUCUCAAGAAGCUGCUCUCGACGGGUACCUCCCGAUGGAACAACCGGCAGAUGGCCCUGUGGGACCAGGACAACCUUUCUGUGCCCCUUACAGAGGAGGACCUGGAUGGCUCCUCGGGUGUGUUGUUCCCCUUCUACGACCCGGAUACCAGCAUACUGUACAUUGUGGGGAAGGGAGAUGGGAACAUCCGAUACUAUGAAGUGAGCACUGAGAAGCCUUACCUGAGCUACCUGACUGAGUACCGUUCCUACAACCCACAGAAGGGGAUUGGUAUCAUGCCAAAGAGAGGUCUCGAUGUGUCUUCCUGUGAGAUCUACCGCUUCUACAAGCUGAUCACAACCAAAAGCCUCAUUGAGCCCGUGUCCAUGAUUGUGCCCCGGAGGUCAGAAUCCUACCAAGAAGACAUCUACCCACCCACGGCAGCAGCCCAGCCCUCCCUGACAGCCCGAGAGUGGCUCAGUGGAAUGAAUGGAGAGCCCAUCAUGAUGUCCCUGAGACCUGGCUCUGAGCCGCUGGACUCGCAGCCACUGCCUCCAGAGAGACUCCUCUCUAAUUCUGUGGUCCAGGCUUCACCCAGACCCUCGGAACCCAAGGCACAGCUGGCCACCAAUGAUGGCCAGAUACCUUGCUCUCGGCUAGAAGAGAAGGCACCAAAGUGGGCCACGGAGCAGAAGCUGGAGAAGUCCUGGCUCACCAAUGGCUUUGAUGUUUUUGAAUGCCCCCCACCAAAGACAGAAAAUGAGCUGCUGCAGAUGUUCUACCGGCAACAGGAGGAGAUCCGGAGGCUCCGGGAGCUGUUGAUGCAGAGAGAGGUUCAGACCAAGCAGCUGGAACUGGAGAUCAAAAACCUGCGGAUGGGCUUAGGACAUUUCUGAGCGGAGGUCUCCGCCACCCUUGCCCUCAGGGACACCACUAGGCUCUGUGGGGAGGUCCAGACCAAACCAUAGGUCCCCGAGAAAAACCACUAUUUCUAUAUUUUCUACCAGAAAACAAAAUUCUCAGUCGCUGAAAGAGACCCCAGUGGGACAUGGUGCCGCUUUCCUGUUGCCUUCUCACAGCUGCAGUUGUUUAUGCCCUGGAUGGUUUAGAUUGCACCCUGCCCUCUGCUGAAUUCUGGUUUUAAGGGUUGGUGAGGCGUUCUGACCUCCCAGAGGGAAAAAGCUUGGUAGAAACAUCUGGAAGGACUAGCUAGGUCAACCUGCCUGUGGUUUGGGUCCAUGGUCUCAUUCUGACAGAUGUUCCCCAUCUCCAUCAGCCCACUUUGGAAUAUGUACUUUGACUGCUAAAUUAUCUUUUAGAAGUUUGAAAACCACUGACCUGGCUUAAUUCCCUCAUUCUAUAGGUGAAGAAGCUGAGGCCCAGAAAGAGAGACACAUAAGAUCUGUUUACUGGCAGGGCUGGACUGCGGUCCUGUCCUUCUGGGUCCCCAAAGUAGGAAUCCACUGGUUCUGACCUCAGCUAUGUCCAGACUUCCCUGGUGACCUCUUGCCAAGUACUUCUCUCUCUCUCUGGUCUCAGUUUUUCCAUCUGAACAUGGAGGAAGUUCCACAGAGCUGCCCUCUCUGUGACUUGCCACCAAAUACUUGAUUUUGACCAUGCCUGUGGGUGGAUGACCUGGGCUUAAUGAAGAAACUCACACCAGUGCAGGGGCUCAGUCUGAAAGCAGUGAGUGAAAGUGUGGCCCAAUUCUAAACCACAGACAAGCGGCCAAACCCAUCCUUCCGACCACAGUCAGCCAGAUGGGGGUAGAUAAUCCCAUAGGUGGAGACACCGACCUGUGUCCAUGUCUUGAUUCCAGAGCCUGCCGCCUCCAGGGGGGCAGAUGGAAACUUCCAUCCAGGUUAUCCAAAGGCCUCUGAGAAGUGGGGCUGUUGGGGUGGGGGGCAGAAUGGGAUGUAGCCAAGCCCUGUGACUACCCACCAGGAAGGGCUCUGGUUGACUGCACUAGGUGAGGAAGUGGGACCUUCUGGUCUGAAAGCCUGUGCCCUCCCUUGCGUGUCCUGCACCCUGUUCUGAGGCUCUUUCUUUCUUGGUGCUCAGGACAGCAGCCCAGCUGGUGCCUGCCUGAGAAGAAUUUGGGACAAACCUUACUUCUAAAGCUUUCCAGACACACACACACACACACACACACACACACACACACACACACACACACAUUGCCGCUCCCCUCUGGACAGGCAAUGUUUUCCCCAUCACACAGGGUCGCUCUGGAGCUCAAGUGGGAUUUGCAGGAGCCACCCAGAUUAACAGACUUCAACCCAUUGUAUCUAUUAGCAUCCCUCUAGCUGGACAUACGAUGACUAGACCCACCCCACUGAAGCUGAUUUCAGUGGAAGAGGUGGCCUUCUGGACAAGCUGCCCAGGUGAAGUCAGUACAGUGGGGAUGGAGACACUUCAGGCUGGUCUUCUGCCUGAGUGGGACUGUCCCAAGACUCCCACAUGGCCCUGCCCCUUGCCAUCAUGACUGUCUGCACACACCAGAGUCCUGUGCUCCAUCCAUCCAUCAUCAUUAGGCUAGGGUUCUAUCCCCGAUGGUGAACCAGCUGUGCUGGCCUUACCUGUGCUCCCGAGAAAAAGGCUAAGUCCCAAUUGUUGAUGGGAACUAGAGCUCCUGGACUGGGGCUCCCUCCUUGCCCUUGUGACUAGUAGUACAUCACACUUUGUACAGCUCCCGCCCCCACCUCCAGCCCCACGUUCAGAAAGCAGGACAGCCUCAGAGUGAAGAAACCAGCCCAAAGCCACUGGCUGCCACCUAUGUGUGGCUGGGGGCGAGAUCCACAGAGCUUCCCAUUAUGUCUCUGUACAAUCCACCCCCACCCCACCCCAAGAAAAGCUCUCCCCACUGUAAGGGACCUAGACCCAGACCUCAUAUUCAAGAACAGGUCACAGGUGGCUAUGAACAAAUUUAUUUGUUGUUUUUUCUGUGUUUUCUUUUUUUACAUCUAGAAUAAAUUAUUUAAAUUAUUUCAUAGCAAGGGAAAGGGAUAGGUAAUUUUUAUCAGAUAUUUUUUUAAAGUCAUCUUUUUUUAAGAUUAUGUUUUUAUGUUCGUGAGUUGAUGGAACAGCAGUGCCCACGAAGGCAGUGUUCACCCAGUGGCAGAGCAGCCCCUCAUCUCCUUGUUUCAUGCCUUGGGAGCUUCCUUUCUGUUGACUCAGGAACUUUGUGUGGAUGAGGAGAGCACUUGGAGAUGAGCAAUUGAUGGGUUAGCUCUAGAAUAAUUCUGCUUCCUGGAACAAAACUUGAGGGCGUGCCCUAGAGGGAAACAGGAAGUGAGAAAUCUAUGCUUUUCAUAUGAAACCGUGCCUGAAGCUGUUUGAAUGAUUGUUUUAAUGUUUCUUAAAUUCCUUGUACCUUUGUAAAAAAAAAAUUAAAUAAAAGUAAAAAUAGAUGCAGAAUUGUGCAAUGGAAGAAUAUAGCAAUCAACACUGGGUGAUAAUUCCCCCCCCCCCGCCCCUGUAAUCCGAGCGCUUGGAAGGCUGAGGCAGAAGGAUUGAAUUUCCGUCCAGCAUGGACAAAGAGUGUGAGACCCUGCCUCAACCAAAAUAAUAAUAAAACACCAACUCGA